AUUUAUGCCAAGUCCCGGAGCAGAGGAACGAUUGACUUUGAAUCGCGACCCUUAUAAUAUGGAUUUGGUUGCAUUCCGAUUUACUAAUUAUAAGCAAAGAAUAUCCAUCUAGUAUCGGGCAACUUGGAUGUUCGGACGCGGAAUGAUUGCAGCUAGUGAGCAAAGAGAUAAAGACAGGAAGAAACAUCAAGGCGCCGAUGCGAUUGCACCUGAUGAAUUCAUCCCAAGCAUCUUCAACUCUCGGUUUCAUCAUUCACUCGUAAUCGCACAGCUCCUCGAUUCCGCCUAUCAGUACUAGUUUCUGCUAGCCUCUAGUGCGUUCGGCGAAUUAACCCUUAUCAUUGACGAGGCUUCAGCUAAAAAUAAAUAUGCCUGCAACUGAGGCUGACCAUAAAAAUGCUACGAGUCGAUCGCCAUCACCCCACAAGCAAAAGUCUCCAUCUCAUGAUGCUCUCGAGGCUACUCAGGCAGACAGGGCUUCGCAUGAGACUUCUAUCCCAAUAGUCCGCCCCACCGAAGCAAAACCUAGAGAUGCCUCAAGCCAAGAACCCGACCGCACCCGCUCAGAACUGCUGCAACAGUACAACGAGCUGAGGGAUGUAGGGCAGCAGCUGAUCGGGAUGAUCGCCGAGCAACGCGGCGUGCCUAUCAGGACUCUAUACGAGUCGGGAGAGUUUGGGGUCGGGCCUGAAGAUUGAUCCAUUUGUAUACUAGCCGUCCGCCGUAUCCCUUGCGCGACCAAACAGAUCACUGAUGCUAAGUCUCCUACCAAUGGCCUGCAUGGCGGGCCCCAUCGUCUCUCCAGCUGCACUUGUGCCUCCAGUCUUUUGCGCUUCCGCCUGGCCCACAGGCACGGCGGCGGCUCGGACACGCGCC